UAUUAUAAAUUAUUAAAAACAUAAUUAUUAAGAUAAAGAAAUGAUAUGAAUUUAUCGUUAUACAUAUUAUAAAUUACACUCCAUGAUCUAUAUUACUGUAUAAAUUUAAUGAACCCAAUCCAAUUAGUUAUAUACAGCCAGGGGCGGAGCUAAGGCAUUAGAUUGUACUGGGCCGGUACAAACAAUAUCUGUGAAAACAUUUUUACACGAAAUUUUUUAUAUAAAAAAUACAGACAUUUUUUAAAUUUGGGCUGAGCCAGGACCAGGGCAAGGGAUGGCCCUCCCCUAACUCCGCCCAUGUAUACAGCCCAUUUCAACCCAGCCACUCCAUUCAUUAAGAACAUCCGUAAAUGGAAAGCAGAGUUCUAAAUUUUGGACCCAAUCCAUCUACUUUUGAUCCAAAGAAGCCCAUAUUUGACCUCCAUAUCAAAUACGCACACCACCAAACCCUAAACAUAUAACCCCUUAUACGCAAAGGACUCGCCAUUAGCCGCAUCUUCGUCGAGAACCAUCGGUUAUCGAUGCCUUAGACUCUUCUAACGUCCAUAAAUCCUCUCUUCUUUGCAUGACGGAUUUUUCAUCGCAUACCCUUGACAUGAGAUUGACAUCGGUUUGUCUGGAGGAGUUGGCAUCUUCCGGCCUUAUCUUUGUCGCCUGAUUAUCUGCAUAUUCCCAUUGAGGCUGCCCUUUGCAAACUAUUUUCUUCAUACAUAUGGCCGACUGUGUAUUGCCGACUGUGUCUACGGUUGAUAAUUCAUCCAUCUUUCAGACAAUUAAAAUAGAAGCGAUGGCAAACACAUUCUAGUUCAAAAUGCAACUUUGGUGUUAUUAAAAAACACACCCAACCAACACAGGUAAGAAAUUUAAAAAAAAAUACUACUUCCGUCCCACUAAGAUUGAGACGAGAGAAGGUGACACGAUUAUUAAUAAAAAUGAGUUUGUGUGGUUGAUAUUAAAUUGAUAAAGUAAGAAUAAAGUAAGAAUGGUUUAGAUCCACACAAUCUUUACCAAAUUUGGUAUGAGAAAAUCUUAGUGGGACUUCCCGAAAAUGUAAAAUGGGACAAUCUUAACGGGGCGGAGGGAGUAUUAGAUUUGGUCUUUAAUUUCAACACAUUUUCUAUAGACAUGAGUUUCUACCUUCUAGAUUUUGUACUAUUUAAAAGCCUCUAACAACUUGUAGUUGUAUAUUCAUGACAAUCUUUAGAAGCUACACUGAUAGCCUACUUGGUAACACUAGAAUCGGCAGAAUCAACUGAUUCUGAUGAAAUUUAUGAAAUUUUGGCCGAAGUGGAUGUAUUGGUUGAUUUAUGAAAAAAUUACAUUUGAAAUAUAUACUUUUGAUGGAUCGCCGACCUGAGGGUGGACAGAAUCUGGGAAGUAAUGGAGAGACUGAAAAGUGUUAAGUAAGAUGGAGUAGGGGAUUUGGCAGACGGCAAUUUCUUAGAGCAAAAUUCGGAUUUCUUUCCACAUGUUGAAAGGUGAUAUUUAUACUAAAGAAAAAAUAUUUGGCCAACAAGCAAAUUAAUAUGGCGAUGAAACGUGUUCCACCUGCCUAACAAGAAUGAAUGUGCUAAUCUUAUACUACGUAGUAUGGUUACAUGUGUAAAGGUGAUUGGAGAUAUACCCUAGACAGGUGGCUAUUGGUACUGUGUGUAACAAAAUUCGAUCCUAUCAAUCUAAGAUCUCAUGUUUCAUACGUAGUAUGUUUUUACUUAUUUAGUUUUUUAUUAAUUUUAUUGCUGAUUUUUGAUAAACUUUUCUUCACAAAACUUUAUUAGUUUCAUAAAACUAAAUAAUAUUUAAAAAUUCUAAAAUCAUAAAAAUUAAUAAAAUACUUCGUACAUGACAACUUAGGUCCUAAAUCGAUAAUUUGCAAUUAUUCAGGUUUUAAAUUAAUAGUUUUCUAUCAUUUGAGAAUAUCGAACCAAGAGUUGUGGGGAGUAAGAUUCCCAAGUCUCUUUUACUCUUUAUUCCUAGGGCCAAUUUAGUUCAUAUCAAGUAGACAGGACAUAUUAAUUUAGUUCAUAUCAAGUAGAUUAUAAUCUCAAUCUGAAAAUGGGUAGGGAGUGAGAGGGGUACUUGCAGAGGCCUAUGUCAAGUAAUUAGCCUGUAUUCGAACAGGGACUAACCCUUGACACCCUCGCUGCUGCGGUGCUGCCAGCUGAACUUCAACCGUCCGUAGGACAUCCUUGCGAGAGUCCGGUAAGGCAGCAGGAUUUUAUUUCCUUCCUCCGAGUUGAGAACAGAGGACGGUCCACCACCCGAGCUAUUGGACUUUGAUCUUUACCGAUUCAGAGAAAGUAAGAUAAGAUGGCCGUUUCAGCUGCUAGUCCUGCUACACUAGCUCAUCGUUUUCUGCCACGAAAUUGUGAUCACAAGCGUGUGCAAUUUUACUCUUUAGUGAAGUAUCCACCACGAAGAAGGGUCAUUUUCUGCAAUUCCGAGGCGAUUGAAUUUGAAGAAAGAAUGAGUCCCAACGAGGUGAAGAAGGAAAUGGAGCAAUGUUAUGAACUGAUACACAGGCUUGGCAGGGGUGUUGUGUAUUUGGGCUCUUCAAGGGUGGGUCCUGAUCAUCCACACUACACACAAGCAUUUGAAUUGGGAAGAGAGGUCGCUACCCUUUUAGAUUGUACGUCAUGGUCGGGGGUCGGACCUGGCCUCAUGGAUGCUGUGACACAAGGUGCCCUACAAGCUGGAAAGGCUGUUGGUGGAUUUAGGAUAAGUAAAGAAGCUGGGGAAUGGACAUCAACCAAGUUUCAUCCAUACUUGCCAUCAGAAACAUACCUCACUUGCAGGUUUUUCUCUGCAAGGAAGCAUGGGUUGGUGGACGCAGCUGUUAGAACUAGUAGCGGCAGCGGCUUGGAUAAGACAGCCGUGGUGGCUCUGCCAGGUGGAAUUGGCACUCUGGAUGAAGUCUUUGAGCUUAUGGCAUUGAUCCAACUCGACCGGAUUGGUUCACUUCUCCCGGUUCCUUUUCUUUUGAUGAACUAUGAUUGCUUUUAUUCAAAGCUGCUCGACUUUCUCCAUGAUUGUGAGAAUUUUGGUACGAUCUCCCAUGGUGAGGCUGCAUCGUUAUGGAAAGUUUGUAACAAUAACACUGAAGCUUUAACUUAUUUAUCUGAAUUCUACGGCAUUAGCCAUUAGCUAGGUUAAACGCCACAGAAAUGCACUCAAAGUCAUCAUGGGCAGUAAUAUUACUGUUUUUAUUAUGAUUGCUGGCAUUAGUGGCAUGUAUGCAUUAAAGCUGUUGAUGUUUUGUUCAUGUUUCUUAAUCCAAUCUAAGUAGGCGUUGG